AUGUCCAAUGUCGAUAUAUCAAGCGAUGGCCUUAUUGGGGUCGAUUACGACUCCAGAGGCUAUCUCCAGCACUGGCCCGUGUCGGUGACCCAGGACCCGAAUCUCAUGGUCGAUUGGCACUUUCAACCGCUACAACACACCCCUCACCAGCAACACCUUCCAUAUUCGCCCGAAGACCCGUCAGCGACACAAUUUACCACGAGUUAUGGCAUGCCCAUGCAGUCUUCCCCGGUGGAUCUCAUGGCUGGCCAGGGCCAGAUGAACGCCGGCUUGCUCGAGGGUCCUUAUCUACCCAUGUCAGCCCCCGUGGAUAUGGUACCAUUCACGUAUCAGGACUUCCAAGCGGAUCUGAUGGCGUUUCCCAACGGACCUCCGGAUUUCUCAUAUGCCCCGCACCCCGUGCUCGAGAGCAGCUCUCCCACGGAUACAUAUCUGGAGGUUCGCUCCCUGACCAGUUCCAGCAGCGACAACGGUUGGAGCACUGUCGACCACCGCCGCUCUCUCGACUUUGGCUUCCCGGAACAGGGUGUUUUUGUCAAUCCCACUCAGACACUGCACGACCGCAGCCUUUCAGAGUCUUCAUAUUCCACCUCUUACGGCAGCUUUGUGGAUAUUGCGAACCCGAUCGGCUCUCCAGGCUCCGAAAACAACAUGGACUUGCCCUGUUAUAACCAUGGCCAUAGCCACAGUCACAGUCACAGCUAUAGUCACAGCCAUAGCCAUAGUCACAGCCACAGCAGCUCGAUCGGCAUGCCUCACACUUCCCCGACCAGCAGCGCCGUCGUUCGUCGUGAGCAAUCUUCGUCAGGCUCUCGCUCGCCAUCAGCCGUCAGCCCCAUUGGCAUGGUGCGGCCGAUCCCAGUUCCGAUCAAGAAGUCCACAUCGCCCGCCCGCUCAUCUGGAUCUUCUCAAGCAUCAUCGGCCUCACCACCAAGUCGGAAACCGUCCCGCAAGAGCCCCAUUGCCGCCAAAACAUCCGAGACCAAGGUCCGCAAGCAAUCCCAGACCGGUAAGCCCGAGACCGAGAAGCGAGUUGGCAAGAGAAAGGGCCCUCUCAAGCCCGACCAGCGUAAGCAGGCCAGUGAGAUCCGGAAGUUGCGUGCUUGUCUGCGUUGCAAGUUCCUCAAGAAGACUUGCGACAAAGGUGAGCCAUGUGCAGGAUGCCAGCCAUCUCAUGCCCGAUUAUGGCAGGUGCCAUGUACUCGCAUUGAUAUCAAGGAGAUUGGGUACUUCAUGAAGGACUGGAAGGCCGACUACGAGCGCCACAUUUCCAUGGGAUUCUCGGUCGGCAACAUCAAGGGGUUCUCCGACCAGGAGCGCACGCUCUUCAUCACUCACGGCUAUGGCCAGAUCCUUCCAAUCAACGCCCGCGAGGUGUAUGUACGGGAUGAGCAAUGUUUUACCGUUGACUGGAUUGAGACUAUGCAGCGUGACCCGACACAAUACGAGGUCGAGACUGCGAAGCUCUCCGCUGGUAUGGAGGGUAUCUCGCACGCCAUGCUGUCCGACUACCUCGACCGCCACAUCGACGGCAACGGUACCUUUGAGAAGUUCGUCGAUGACUACUUCGAGGGCACACCGUUCCUGACGCAGAUGCUCAAGACUGCCUUCCGUUUCUAUUUCCGCACCAAGCUGCCUGUCAUUCGCAAGGCAUUGAAGCUGAUCGUUGCCUACAACCUUACUCUCCACGUUACCAUGGUUGAGGGUAUCGGCGAGGAAGAAGGUUUCAUGGGCAAGAUUGAGAGCAAGUCUUCCAAGUUCUCUGGCAAGACCAUGGCUCCUGUCAUGAUCAACUUCCAGAUUAAGUGCGCCAUGGCUAGCAUGUGGCGUGAGUUGCAGAAAGAUGUGCUAGAGGAGCUUUCAGCACUUUAUUCGAGCGUGUACAGUGGAGACAAACUGAAGAACUGGCCCACUAUUUUCAUCCUGGCUUCCAUUCUGCUGGCUGUCUGGGAAGAGAUGCAGUUCGAUAGCCACUACCGCACACCGGACCAGGCUGCCGUCGACAAGUUCUGUACCGACAUGGAGACCACCCCGGUGGGAGUCAUUGUCGGACUUUUCCAGGCCAUCUCCCAAAAGCUGCCUCCCUUCACUGAAUGGGACUCGCAAAAGCACCACCAGCUCCUCUACUCCAACCCCGAUGUGUGCAACACGAUGACAGAAGUGCGUCAACACGUCGAGCAGCAUGAGAGCUACCUCCGCAGUCGCACCGGUUCCAAAUUCAACCGGGGCGAUUUCGACUGCCUUUCAAAUAAGUUUGUGUCGCGACUGGUGAUUCGCGCCAACUAA